AUGGCUUCUAUAUUCACCUACCUGGAUGAGCCUCCACGAAUCCAGUCUCCCUGGUCGACUCCGGGGACUUCGACUCCCCAGCCUUCGCAACCAUACGGCAACAGCUUCGUUGAGGGACAGAAUGCCCCAAAUGGACUCGUAAAACUGGAGCCUGAGCACCAAGACGGCCCUACCGAGUACAAGCUUCACCUGCUACUUCGGCCAAGGAGGAAAUUCCUAACGACGUCUACCACUACCUUCAUAUCUGGUUCUCACCAGUAUAGCUCUCCCCCGCAGCAGGCGUCUCGUCCUCCUCGCCCACUGAUUGAUACAAACCCGGAUCGUCCGUUGUCUCAACCUCCAUCGCAAGCUCGUCAGAACCGACUGCAGCAACUGACUACGCAGCUGCUCUGGAGGUUGCAACAGUCUUCGCCCUUUCAUUCUUCUUCGAAUGCCGGUCUGGUGUUGCCGCUUCUCCCCGAAGCGACUCCGAGGUUGGGAGUGCCAGACCGUCCCGCCAAGCUUCUGCCAGGCCUGGAGGAAAGCCAAGGUGCGCUGUACGAGAUUGGCGUCGCUGACGAUGGCACGUUGGUCGGCUUGGUUGAGGAUGAAUUGCAGGAGAGUCUGACCAAUCUGAAUGCUAUGGCCGCCAGCCUAGGCUGCACCACCAGUGUGCUGCGGAGGGUAGCAGUCGGGACGUGUGAAUGGGCAGACACAGAUGGAGAGCCGGGAGACACACCGACCCACAAAGACAGACUCUGGGUGGCCGAAGUGUUGGUUUAUCCGGACCCGCGCGGCUCGACAAAUGCAGAUGUACCCAAAGCGGCACUUGAUGAGGCAGCCACUCCCUCAAGGCCGGCAGAAGAUUCUUAUUUGGCUGAGCAUGCAUCGACUGAACAGAUACGAGUGACCUUAGUAGGCGCUACCGCUGCAGGGAAGUCAACGUUGCUAGGCACAUUGUCGACCUCCACGUUGGAUAAUGGUCGUGGAAGAAGCCGUCUUUCGCUACUCAAACAUCGACACGAGAUUGCCUCGGGGAUCACGAGUUCGGUUGCGCAUGAGCUUGUGGGUUACAUACAUGAUCGGAACACGACAAACUCGGUCAACUACGCCUCCGGAAAUGUCUCUUCCUGGGUGGACAUCCACAACGUGGCCGAUCGUCUCGUUUUCCUAUCCGAUUCGCCCGGUCUCCCUAGGUUCGCCAAAUCUGCCCUUCGAAGCCUUAUGUCGUGGAGACCGGCAUGGACAAUUCUGUGCAUCGCGGCCGACCAUGUAGACGACUCCUCGAAUCCGAACGCAAGCCUUCCGACUGCGGAGCUACAUGCUGACAGCGGGACUGGUGAGAAUAUGGAUCUUUCGCUUUCCUAUCUCGACCUGUGUCUUCGGUUACACGUGUCAUUCAUGGUGGUCAUCACAAAACUGGACCUGGCAAACAAGGCAGGGCUGCGGUUAGUCCUUGCAAAAGUCCUUUCCGCCAUCAAGGCCACUGGCAGAAAACCUGCCAUGCUUAGCAACACCUCAGUCCGACCAUCUGCGUCAGAGCAUGGAGUUGCAGCCUCGGAGGGUCAGAUCCAGAAUGGGAGAGAUCAGACCGAGGUUGACAACCUCAUCGCGUCUAUGCAGCGCGAUCCUGACCAGACCUUCGUGCCUAUCUUAAUGACGAGUGCUGUCACGGGUCUUGGCAUAAGCAAGCUGCACGCUUUGCUGCGAGCCCUGCCCGUUGUAUCCACUCCUUCGCCAGGCCGACCCUUACAGCCUGAGUCCUCGGAAGGGUCUUCGCGUUUCCAUGUGGACGAGGUCUUCAGCAUUCCCCCAUCUCGUGUGUACACGCUGGACAUGGCGACCCGGAUUGCGAGUCAAGGCGUAGUGCUUUGCGGCUACGUCUCAGAAGGCUUGUUGUCCGUUGGCGACACUAUGUUACUGGGACCGUUCAUGGCGGACGCAGAUGUGUCGUACGCUCACACAACUCAGCCUGUGCUCAGAGCGAGCUCUUACAGUACCCAUCAGGCAUAUUCGGAGGCGCUGCCAAGCAGCCGGUCACGGUCUUACCAAGGUGAGCCCCCGAGGGUGCCAACCCCAAAAACACAACCUUCAGCGGUGUUCCUCCGUGUACGCGUCGUGUCCCUUCGGACGUUACGCCUGCCAGUGGUACAUAUGCAGUAUGGCGAGACUGGUACCAUUGGCGUUGAACCUCUGGACAGUGCCGACGACACGAUCCCUCUGAGCAGAGCUCGGAAGGGGAUGGUGCUCGUCAACUUGAAUCGGAGCGUUACUGGCUAUCAUUCAUUUUCUGCUACUUUUCCAGCGUCGGACUUCGGGCAGUCGAGCUCACCGGUUCUGAUACUCGGGGGCCAUGCGAUCGUGUAUGUGAACAGCGUCCGAGCCGCAGUCAAGGUAACAGCGGUGGGCUUGGACGAGGACGAGCAGCCCGGCACAACUAAAUCUGCUGCUGCGUGUUCUCACGGAGAAGAGCAGGCGGAUCUCUUCCGGUUCGAUGAUGAUUAUGAUGAUGCUAAGAUUCCUGCACAGGAGAUGGUUAAUGGCAAAGGGCCUUCAGCAGGGAGGAAGGAGAUUAAGUUGACCUUUCGCUUUAGCAGUACAGUUGAAUGGAUGAAGGUUGGCGACCAGGUCCUUGUCGUCCCAACCAUGACGGCUGCUGGUCCUGUGACCGGGGCCACCUCUGUGGUCAAUUUGUCAGGGUUAUCAGGAUAUGUAGGAAGGGUAUGUGAGUUGUCCGCGUGA